AUGGAAGCGUGUCUCUGCAGCGCAAUCCACACCCUGGCCAACGAGUACGACGAGGUUCAGGCCAGGGAAUUAAUCCCUGCACUGAAUCGUCACCUGAAAGAUGUGCGACAUUUUCUAGCGCAGUCUAAAUCACUCAGUCGCGACGUGCCCUUCCAAAUCACACCGCGGAAUCAACGUACCGACAAAGCCCUCUUUGUAGACUCGGUUGACCUCACCCCUGUCAAUCAAGUCAGCCAAAGGUUUGCCAAUGAUGUCGAUGGUUUCUGGGCAGGCUCAGACGAUCGUGUUCACACCGAACUACGUCGGCGACUUGCCUGCGUCGUAAUAUUUCUCCGAUCCAAAUUGGGCACUCAGGCGUUGGCGUCUCCUCAAGUGGCUGGCGUGUUCCAUGGACAGCAAGAUCCGGCUGACAUGCGAAAUCCUGGGAGGAAGUAUAUUCAAAUAUCACAGAAACUUGGUGGCAUAGGCGCCAUUUUUUGGCUUCCACUGAACAUCCCGCCUUCAACUUACGAGAGAUAUCUCAGUAUAGACGACGAAGAAGUGUUCGGUCAUUUAGUGUCUCUCAAUCCAGCAUUUAAAAGUUACAACGACCUCGUACAACGCCUGAUUCUUAGCCAAAUACGCGAUUCUUCGUUGACGACAUCAUACUACAAUCUUGUUGAAGACUACCCUGCAUUAAUUCCAGCCAAAGACCAAUUAUUGCUUGUAAUGUAUGCACUUGGUGGUACCGACAUACCUGAUGUCCUACUGAAGAGUGUUCGCAUCCCCCAACGUCGAUGGAAUACUGAUGGAGAAAUACAACAAACCGAUGCUGCUCAAUUCGGACUACCUUCUGACCUUGUGGAUCUCGUAUGCGAUGAAUCAAAAUUCUCUGCUAUCACAGCAGAUUCGUGCAUAACAAGCCACGUCAAGAGCGACAAUUCAAUAACUUGGUCUUUAUGCCCCAAGCUCACGUCGACUUUCGCCGAUACCUUGCUUCCACCAACAUUAGAGCAACUGAAGGCUACAGCUUUGAAGCUUCUUUGUUUCGUCUGCCCAUUAUGCUACGAAGGCAAUACGGACUGGUCGCCGUCAUUAAAAGAAGCAGUGUGGUCGAUAUUUGAGAAGCUGUUGAAAACAUGCAAGGUGCCAGCAUCGCUCAGGACUCAAGUUAUCGAAGCCGUCCUAUACUUUGGCGAGAGAGACUCGGUUGCCAUCCGUCACGCCGCUGUCAAUCAGGCUAAGGUCUUGUUACGAAAGUCAAUGCCUUAUUAUCUACAUGCUUCUGUUGUUCUUUUUCGCAGCAUACUCUUCCGGGUUGACGGAGACCUUGCCAAGUCGGAAUCACACAUACGAGACUUUUCAUGGCGUGGGCCACGCCCAGUCACUCGUCGGGAUCAUGCUCUUGAGGGACGUAUUCACAUUUCUCAGAUGGAGAACAAGAUCAAGUGUUACGACAACGACGUGCCUUCAUUUGCAUAUGAGUGGGAAGCUGAGCAACCACUAUCGACUCUCGAUAUGGAAGUUACUUUUCGACUACAGAGUACGGCCGCACGAUACUUUCAAUCCAUUGGUGACUUCGGUGCAGCUAAAUCUUCGUUGGAGCAGUUCAUAUCACUAGCCCUGAUCAAGCCGAUACGUGCGAACUCACGUCGUGUCUUAGUAGGUAGAUUGGCUGAUGUGUACUGCGAAGUGGGUGAGUACCUCGAGGCCAUUGAGAUACUCCAGCCAGAACUUGAUCGUAUUGACAAGUGUGACCGCGAGCGUCGUGGAUUUCGAAGGCUUGUGCUCGCGUUGGUUGAGGCCAACAUUGGAUUGGCAAGAUUAGACAUAGCUGAGUCGACACUUCAGGGGCUGUUGGAUGACAUGCCUCAUGGACCCGACGAUAUUAACGACCAGCAGCUACACAUCCGGAUGCUACUGGCGUCGGCACGCAUAUCCCAUCUAUCGCUAGAUCAUGGGGAAGCCGUGCUACGUUGGAGGAUCGCACUCGAACAAGUCAAUAACAUGCAUACCCUCGGAUCAAGUGGUGGAUUUAUAGCCGCGGUGAUCUAUUUGUCAUUGGCUCAUGCAGAGCUUUCUCUCGGGGAUAAAGACGGUGGCCACCGCUCAUGGACAACUGGAUUGAAGAUUCUGGCGAGAGAAAAGUGCGAAUUCUGGAUUCCAGUUGCGCCUACUAAAUGGCUUGAGAAGGUAGCCGCCGAUGUAUAUCACUCUCAAGGCUGGCCGUUCCGCAUGAUGCUACCCGGGGGGAAGCCAGAUGUCACGCAGCAUUGUUUCUAG